GCGUGCUUGCGCGUUCGCCGCUAGCCGGAAAAGAAGCCAUGACGCUGAACUGGGCGGCCGCUUUCGUCGCGAUCCUGUACUACCUGACGGUCAUCUUCGUGGGCGUCUGGGCCGGCCGCAAGGUGCACCACCGCGACCUGCCAGAGCGACGCCGUCGCAGCGUCAACAAGCAAGGCACGCGGACGCCGCCACAGCUCAGCCUAACCGCGGGCGACCAAUACGUGAGGAACCUGCUCGUCGCCAACAGGAGCCUGCCGCUGGUCCUUAGCUGCGGAUCGAUGACCGCCACGUGGGUCGGAGGCGGCUACCUGAACGCAACUGCCGAGGCAGUCUUCAAACACGGCCUGCUGCACACGUACGCCCCGUUCGGCUACACCAUUAGCCUGCUACUGGGCGGCCUCUUAUUUGCCGGCAGAAUGCGGCUGACCGACGCGGUGACCAUGCUGGACCCGUUCCAGAAGCACUACGGCCGCUGGAUGGGACUGCUGCUGGCUCUGCCGGCCGUCGGCAGUGAAGUGCUCUGGUCGGGAGCCAUUCUGUCCUGUCUCGAGGGAACAGCCGCCGCGGUCAACGGUGUGAGGAACGAAUUCUUCGUCUUCUUCAGCGCCGUGGUUACCUUGAUGUACACAUCGCUGGGCGGCAUCUACUCUGUCGCUUACACUGACAUCCUGCAGCUGUCGAUGUGCAUCCUCGGAAUGUUCGUCUGCUUGCCGUUCUGCCUGAGGCAGAAUUUUUCCGGCCAGGUGGGACCACCUCAUGACGACUGGCUUGGCUCCCUGCCUUCCGAGGAGUUGGGUCAAACGAUCGAUGUCAUUCUGAUGACUGCGCUUGGUGGCAUUCCGUGGCAGGUGUACUUCCAGCAAGUGGCGUCCGCCCAGAGCCCGUACAACGCAAAGGUGCUGUCGUUCGUCGGUGCCUUGGGAAGCUUCGCGCUGACCCUGCCGCCAGUCAUAAUCGCCGGCUCCGCUAGGGGGACCAACUUCACGAGAAUCGGCUACAACGGCACGUUCAACCUGGAACCAGAGGACCGAGACAGCGUGCUGCCGCUCGCUCUGUACUACAUGUCGCCGGUGUGGAUGUCCAUGGCCGGCCUUUUGGGCAUCACCGCUGCCGUCAUGUCGUCGGUGGACUCGUCCAUGUUGGCUGCCUCCACACUCAUCACGCACAACCUCUACCGGACGCUGGUGCGGCCCAGGGCAUCAGAACUCGAGAUCAGCGCGGUGUUUCGCUUCAUGGUGUGGACCUUGGGCGCUGCGGCCGUGAACGUGAGCUUCUACGUCACGUCCGUGUUCAGGACGUGGACGCUGUGCUCGGACAUGGCCUACGUGCUUCUCUUCCCGCAGCUGCUGUGCGUCUUCUACUUUAAGAAGGCCACGAACGCCUACGGAGCUGUGGCCGCGUUCGUGUUUGGAUUCGUCCUCCGGGUCCUGUGCGGGGAGUCGUCGGCACGAAUUCCAGUGAUCCUGCGGUUUCCCAACUACGACGAAGUCGCGGGCCAGCGGUUUCCCUUCCGCACCUUCUGCAUGGCGACCAGCGUGGCGGUGCUGCUGGUCGUGUCGCGGCUGGCGGCCACCGCGUUCCGGCAGGCGCUGCUGUCGCCCGCCUCCGAUGUGUUCCGCUGCUUCCAGGCUCGCCUCGAUGCCGACGACUCGCGCCUGGCGGCCUUGACGGACCAGGACAAAGUUUCCGAGACCGCAGGUGCCGCUUCACCUUUCGCUGCCGCCACGCCGACCGGUCGUGGCAAGCAGCGGAAGAAGUCGCAGUCCAGGCCUGUCACGCCGACGACGGCUAGCCCACCGCCAGAGACUAUCGCGUCGCCCCGGGACGUGCAGCCCAGUCCUUCCGGAGUGGCCGCGCAGAGAAGCCUCGAUUCAGGAAAGACGCAGCCAGAGCCGGCAGGGCGCAUGGCCGUAGGGCCUGCGUCAACACGCGGCCCGGCGUCCAGUGGUGCUGCUCCGGAGAGCAGCCGAGAUUUCCAGGAAGAACGACAACCUGCAACACCUCCGGGGGACGACGUCAGCGGAGCGAGGACGCCAAAGCAGUCUUCGCCGAAAGGGUCGCCCUCGUCAAAACACCCGUAUUCCCUACGGGCUGGCGCCACGCCUACGCGUCUCGGCGGUGCGAUGCCCUCACGAGACACUGCUGCUGCCCGCGCAGCCAAGACGCCCCCCGAGGUUGCCGGGAAGGGGUCCUCUGCCUCGACGACAGCCGCACGGGCGUCCGGAACUGCCAGCCCAAACUACCCUUCGUCAACGACGCGCCCGAAGGGCGCACCUCGCGCAGUUACCACGACUGCCACCAAGAGUCCCUCGAAGGGAGUCAGCACCUCGCAGCUGCUUCGCAGAACCUUCAGUCACGAGUCCACCAGCUUGCGACGUUGAUUCGCGCGUCCUCGACGCAGAAGUUAUUGUAUAUAUUUAGCAACACGGGAAACCCCGCUCGAGCAGGUUGAAGGGGAGCCACGAAGUCCCGCAAGCCAUUGAAUGUACGAUGUUCUGUGCUUUGUUGUAAUUAAUGAUAACAGCGUCCGUGACCGUCACGUGCACAGAAAAGAAAAAUAUAUAUAUAGCCGAUUUUAGUGACUAUAAACAUCUCUUUCCCAAGACACGAGCAAAGGUUGAGGCGGUAGGAAACGUGAGACUGCCUUCACAGGCACGCACGCACGCGCGCGCACACGGUCAAUCGCACAGUCAACCACAAGAACA